CACACGCGGUUCUGUGCUCCACCACAGCCUCCACGAUGUGCGUCCACAGAUCCAAGUCUCGCUCUCUGCUCCUUCUUAUUUUAGCCAGUGUUUUAACCUUGAUCUUCUCAUCCAUAUAUUUAUCCAGAUGCACCAGACGGACCGCUUUCACAGGCACAAACCAACACAGAGAUGAAGACGAGGUGUUGGAAAAAGCAAAUACAUUCUGGGAGGAAAAAGAAAAGUCCACACAAACUGCAGAAGUAACUACGACAAAGCCAGCGCUGAAGACAGAAAGUGAUCAGAGAUCAGAAACUGAGCCUGAGACUCCGAUGCCUGUGCUUUACAAAAAAGACUUUAAGAAGCUCCCACGCUGGGACUUUGAAGACGUCUACAACCAGGAUGCUCUGCCCAGAACCACAACGUGUGCACAGUCUCUGCGAAACUCUCAGGACAAAAGCUUCAGGGAGGCGUUUCUGCCCAACAUACGCCUGUUUCUGCAUAAGGACAACUUCAACAUGAGCGAGUGGAACCGACUGUCACACUUCAAUAAUCCCUUUGGCUUCAUGGAGUACGAAUACGACGAUGUGAUGGCUGCAGUGAAGCUGAUCCCCACGCCCUCCGAGCCCCUGCUCCUCCCGAACCCAGGCAGCGGCGGCUGCGUCCGCUGCGCCGUGGUCGGCACCGCGGGGAUCCUCAACGGCUCCAGAAUGGGCUCAGAGAUUGACUCACAUGAUUAUGUGUUCCGGAUGAACACUGCACUCAUCCCAGGUUACGAGGAGGAUGUGGGGAACAGAACAUCUGUUUACGUUCACACGGCCCACUCCAUCAGGUGGCCCGGUUUAGUGCACAAGAAGUACGGGUUCAAAUCCAUUCCUAGAGACGAGGGAAUAAAGCACGUGCUGAUUCCUGAGGGGAUGAGGGACUUUCAAUGGCUGCUGGGUCUCCUCCGAGGAGAACGGGUCGCCGCCGGCUCGUACCAGAACCUGAGGCCGAGGGAGUUCUACGCCGGGCAGUUCAACGAGAGCCGCUUCUACGUGGUGCACCAGGACUUCCUCAGAUACGUGCGAAACAGGUUCUUGCGGUCUAAAAAUCUAAAUUCUUCAUCCUGGGCAAUCGUCAGACCCACCAACGGUGCCUUCACCGUCUUCCUGGCUCUGCACAGCUGUGACACAGUGAGUUUAUAUGGAUUCAUGACCGAGGACUACAAGAAAUACUCCAACUACUAUUUUGAGAGGGACGUGAAAACCAAUGUGGUUUUUUACGCGAACCACGACUACCUGCUGGAAAUGAAGACCUGGAAAAACCUGCACAACAGCAAAAUAGCCAAACUCUAUCAAAGAGCAGACUCAGAAUAAGGGACGGAGAAGAUAAUAAAAAUGAAAACUCUUAAACUUCUUUUAUAUUUACUACACGAGUCUGACGAGUCUCAGCAAAAUGGGUUUCCUGGGUCUUUUCUCUACAUUUCUGACAAAACCACUCAGAGUUUGCUUUUAGGUCCUUUGCGUCUGCCGAGCCUCUGUUUGAACAGGCUGUUCAAACUCCACCACCUUCAUCAAAGAGCACAUUUACAAAUAGAAGGAACCAGCAGGUUUAGUCACAUUAAAUGAUCCUGAACCUGGCGGACCUCAGAACCAUCACUGUCACAUAGAGGUGAUGAUCCAGUCUGUAGUCGUACUCCUGAAGGCACGUCUCCAUCCCAGGUUCCAGAUCUGAGGACAGACAGAGGCCCACGGUUUGACUUAAAUGAAAAGGUUUAUUUACUUCACCUUAUUUUAAUUCAAUUUGUUUUCUGAGUUUGAGACGAACUGUUUUUGGUGAAAGUUAACCAUGAAAAUUCAUUAAAAUAAUAAGUAAAUAAAAAUAAAUAAAUAAAGUUUUUAUUUGUUAAAUUUA